AUGGUCGAGCGCACGAACAAGCCCUCAGCGUUGAACGCGCCCACGCCUUCAGCACCCGGCCCACAAGUCGACAUUGUCGGAGAGGGUGGUAGCCAAAAGGUCGUGGCAAGGUUGCCGUCCGGCGAGAGCAUCGAGGUGCUGCUCUUCGGAGCUACCGUUACUAGCUGGAAGAGCAACGGCGGACAGACUGAGAACCUCUGGCUGAGCGAUGCGGCUGACGUGACCGGCAAGAAGCCUGUACGAGGUGGUAUCCCCGUCGUAUUCCCCGUCUUCGGUCCUCCGCCCAAGGACGGACACGCCACGUCGUCGCUGCCCCAACAUGGCUUUGCUCGUGCAUCGCGCUGGGAGUACAUGGGCAAGUCGACUGCCGAAGACGCUCUCGACUCCAACUCGGUCAAGCUCGACUUUGGCCUCGACCGUAAAUCGCUUAGCGACGAGUCGCGCAAGGCAUGGCCGCUGGACUUUGGACUCGUAUACAGCGUCACACUUAGCAAGGACAGUCUACAGGCCGUCCUCACAGUCCGCAACGAAGGCGAGGAGAGCUUCGAGUUCCAGUUCCUGCUCCACACGUACUUUCAAAUUCAAGACGUGUCUAAGAUUGCCAUCACGGGCCUGUCUGGCACCGAGUACAUUGACAAAGUGCUCAAUGCUUCUACGCACACACAGAGCGACAACCAGCUCAAGAUCACAGGCGAGACGGACCGCGUAUACAAGGACAUCAAGCAGGAUACCACAUCGAUUACUGAAGAUGGCAAGCCUCGCUUUGACGUGAUCCGCGACAACGUCAAGGACACGGUCACGUGGAACCCGUGGAUCGAGAAGGCCAAGGCCAUGGGCGACUUCUCCCCAGACGACGGCUACAAGAACAUGGUGUGCGUCGAGGUUGGUGCUGUCGAUGGGUGGCAGAGGCUGGAGAAGGGCGAGGUGUGGGAGGGUGGCAUGUUGCUCGCAACGCCUUCAGUCACCGUUCGUGGGCCAUUGACUGAGGUCCCUGCCGAUAUCUCUAUACCUCUACAGCUUCCCCGCACCGCGCGAGGUGCUACGACUGCACGCAUCACAGCAUAUCGCCAGAUAGUCAAAGACGUUGCGCCGUCCUCUGAAGCUGACGGCCAGGCCAACGUCGCAAGUCACACCAACAUGUCACUGAUUCCCUACGCCCCAGCCGAGUCGCGCGAGAUUGUACUUCGCCAUGGUUCCGCCGUCGUCGUCUACGACCAGCGCUCGAAACAACUCUCCCUCCGCGAUGCCUCCCACGCAACCGACAUUGGCUCCACCUCAUGCCCUUACUGCCACCGACCCUACCGCGAACCGUCGCCGCAUUCGGAACACGAUAGCGACGAGCCAGAGCAUGCCGUGCCAGGCAUCCCCGCGGAAAAUGGCUUCGUCAAUCCCGCCUACUUCCAAAUGCUGCGUCGGAGCCAGCCAGGCUCAACAGAGCCGUCGCGACCCUCGUCGCCACACAAACAAUUGGCGCCUGCACCCAUGCGCAUGAGCAGCUUCCAAGCACCAGAAGGAACCGAGUUUGUGGGGAGCACACCGGUGCAGCCUGCUAGGAGCCAGGGCAUUUCCGCUCGGGCCUUUAGUCCAAACUAUUUCAAAGACUUCUUUGUAGAAGAGCGGGAGCUGGGCAGAGGCGGCAAGGGCGUGGUUCUGCUGGUGCAGCAUGUUCUCGAUGGCGUGCAUCUGGGCAAGUUUGCAUGCAAGCGCGUGCCGGUGGGCGACGACCAUGAAUGGCUAGAGAAGGUGUUGAUAGAAGUCCAACUACUCCAGACCUUGUCCCACCAGAACCUAGUGUCCUACCGCCACGUGUGGUUAGAAGACUACCAGAUAUCCAACUUCGGACCGAGCGUGCCUUGCGCUUUCAUACUGCAACAGUACUGCAACGGCGGCGAUCUCCAUAGCUAUAUCCUCGACUCGGCCAAAACUUCCAUCACAAAGGAGCAGAUGAAGGAGCGACUGCGGCGGAGGUCUAAGGGUCAGUUGGAGGAUCCAGAGGAUGUGCAUGGUCCGCGUCGCAUGCACUUUGAAGAGAUUAUUUCCUUUUUCAAAGACAUUACGUCUGGGCUGAGCCACCUGCACGCCAACGGCUAUAUCCACCGGGAUCUGAAACCCAGUAAUUGUCUGCUCCAUCGAACUGGCCGCAAAGUCAAAGUCCUAGUUAGUGACUUUGGAGAAGUACAGUCAGCAUCCGGAACCAGGAAUUCUACGGGCGCGACUGGAACGAUUUCGUAUUGCGCGCCGGAAGUGCUGAGGCAAGAGAGACCGGGUGGUGCGUUUGGCAACUUCACCACGAAGAGUGACAUCUUUUCGCUUGGCAUGAUUGUCUACUUUAUGUGUUUUGCGCGACUUCCAUAUCGGAAUGCGGAUGGUGUUGAUGAGGAUAACGAGGAUCUAGACCAGUUGCGUGCUGAGAUAUCGACUUGGGCGGGCAUCGACGACGAACAACGCGUUCGAUCGGAUUUGCCUGAGAAGCUGUACAGGAGUUUGAAGAGGCUUCUUGCUAUCAACCCUGACGAACGGCCCGGCGCAGAAGAAAUUCUACACGUACUAAAGUCGCCUCUAGUUUUCGACGAGUACAAUGCAUCUACAUACCCCGCCCCAUCUGGUCUGGACGAGUUCAGUCCGCGGAUCUCGAGAGCUGACACACCCAGCCCGUCGCCAACCCAGGGUAACAAGAAGAGCAGGGGGGUAAACUACACACGGCCAGGACGAUCCCAUCUUAGUGCUACCGUCGUGGAUCGGUCGCCUAGUCCGCCGCGUCCAGAAUUCAUGAGGAGACAGUCAUCAGAAGAUGGAGCCGUCAUUUUGAGGAGAGGAAGCAAGUUGGAGUUUCCACCACCGCAGCCUUCUGGAGGGAGAACGCCGAGUCCGCAACGGUUGAUGUUACCUCCACCACUACCACCCACGACAUUAGCAAGGUUCUACAGACAUAUCAAGGAUCCUGCGGCUGUCAAUGCGGCAAAGAUUGUGCUGUUUUGUGCAAAGGCUUACAGUCUGCUUUCUCCUUGUCAGCCUUUUGCAGCAGAUGCGCGAGUACUGUACCCGUUACUUUGCAUGGCGUCACUCGACUUCUUCCGUGUUGGCGGGUUGGGUGGGUUGGGACGCUCGGCCCUGCUUUUGUGCGCGCAUUUGGUGGUGGUGGGUGUGACUUGGAGAGUGGAUAGGCUGUGUGUUGGGAGGAGUGUAGCUUGGGAUGGAAUGUAG